AUGCUAAUGAAUACUGUGACAGAGAAAGAAGCUUCCAGAGUGAAAGUGGAGGAGGAAGGAGUUUUCGGAGUGAAGCUGGUGGGGAAGAUUACUGGCACGUUGGAAGAGGAGGAAGAGGAGACGGGAGGUCUGAGUAACACCACAGGAGAGCGACCAGACUCUCACUCUGGCAGCGAGUGGCAGCGAGAGUCCUUCAGGGGAACCAGGCCCAGAGACGUCCAAAUCGGCGAGACAACACCACUGCUCCCAGUGUGGAAAGAGUUUUAUCCGAUCACAACAACUGAAAUCACACAAGCGAACACACACAGGAGAAAAGCCUUACCAGUGCUCCCAGUGUGGGAAGAGUUUUAUCCGAUCACAACACCUGAAAUCACACAGCGAACACACACAGGAGAAAAGCCUUACAAGUGUUCCCAGUGUGGGAAGUGUUUUACUCG